AUGACCGGUGUUACUGUAACUACUUCUUCAUCAAUCGUUGCUGAGAGUAUUGCAUCUGCUGCUGCGGAUAACAAGGUGGUGAUUGCGGGUAGUGAGGCCGAUGCUGGCAGCAGCAGUAGCGGCAGUUGUGUUGGACAGAUGGAGGUGAAGCAGGACCCGGGCGUAAACGCCGGUGACAACUCGAAUUGGAAUCCCGCCAAUACCAGGGUUUUUGACGUCUACAUGGAUAACGGGGCUUCUCAGACUUCGCAAUUGCUGGAUAUUUUUUCAUGCGACGACAAGAACGUUAAGCCCGAGACAGGCAAGAGAACGGCAGAGGAGGUUGAACUGCAGAACUCUGGUCUCGGGAGGCGACCACAGGCGUUUUCCGGCGAUUUUUUAGAGAAAUUGAGAAACAAGCGGAUGAAACUGGACAGCAAGGAUUUUGGGUCGUCGUUGACAUUACCGAUGGUCAAGAAAGAGCAAAGUCCGACAGCCGUGAGCAACGGCACUUUGGCGAGCGAACAUAUUGCGUUGGGGCAAACGGAUAAAUGGCCAAGCCAGAUGGAAUCAGCGUUCAUUGCCGCGCUGAGAUUGAUUAUAAAGAACGGUACUUCGAAGUUCAAGAUUUUCGACAAGAACUACGGCAGGAAUGAGUUGAUCUCAUUGUUUGUGCAGUACCACACCAGCGAAAUAAGGACCAAGAAACAGAUAUCUUCUCACAUCCAGGUUUGGAAAAAAUCGAUUUCGAACAAGAUUGCUAGCAAUUUCAAAAUAAAUGAUCUGGAUAGAGAGAUCCUUCGGCUGAUUGAAGAAGGGGCCCCUCAGACAAACGAAUCGGUGAAACUUUUUUACUCGACGUUCGAAGAGAUCAUCUCGGCCUUAGUGAAGAACGAGAAAGCGGAGCUCAAUUCAUCUCCGUCGGACACCACGCAACGCCAUCCAUAUUUGACACCUGCAAGCAGCUCCAGCGUCAACACGCUGUAUGCAUCUUCAAACGCAUUCACGGCCCAACCGCCGCCGCCAGAUUCUUUACAACGGUCUUCAACACCGGCUACGCCCCUGGAGUACGCUAAAUCGAUCUAUGGAAAUUUAAAGACUUACAAAUGCGUGCCCGUGAAAGUUCAAGAACAAAUGACAAUGCAACCAGGCAUCAAAACUCCCUUGCAGCCCGUGUACGGGAACUACUCGCAAAAGGAUCUCAAUAAUCCUGUUCUGCAAUCAGCAAAAGAUCUGGAACUUCAACAAAGGCAAUUGAUCGAGAAUCUCUCGUACACGCAGAACCAGCUUAAGCUGCCACCGGUUUCGCCUGAUCUGUAUAUGAGGAACAUGCAGCCCACUGUUCAUCCUCCACAGCCAUCAUUAUACCGGCCGUCUUCGCGAGGCCUGGCUUCGGCACCCUUGUCUCACUAUCCAAUGGCAUAUCAUCAGUAUCAACAGACUAUGGAACACGUACCUGCAGGCAUGGUACUAUCUCCUCACACAUACCAUCAACAACCACAAGUCUACGUACCGGUCUCGGUCGGACAUGGCCGAUCAAACAACUGUGGCAAUUUUCAAUUCGCUCGUUUGCCCAUGAACGACUUACAACAGCCCCGCAUGCAGGCAUCAUCACCAUCAUCUUCAUCCUCUUCCGCUUCCCCAAAUGACGACCACAUACACAGGGAACGAGGUACUAAUCAGGUCAACCAAGCGAAGCGGUAA